CUGACUUUAGUCCGCCUGUACCCAGCACCUCUGUAAGGUGCACUGUGCGUAACACAAUUUAAUUAUGAUUUUGGACACGUUUUGCGUAAAAACUUCAUCAUUGUGAUUGUGAAAUUAUGAAGAUUAUUGAGAAAAUUAAGGUGUGUUAAUUUCAAAAUGGUGCUUUAAGCUAAACUCACAUUGAGUGACUCAACUUGUACAAAGUGAACUUGCUGCAGUAAUCAAAUCAACAGCUGAUCUGUGAAAGCCAGAAAGUGAAAGUAAACCAGAGCUAUACUAGGCAAAGUGACUGCAAGAGUAUGUUGAAAAUAUAAGAGAACAAAUUGAAGACGACAUAAUGUUGCAGCAUUCAAGAAACAGUCAUUCAGGCUCAAGCUCGGAUAGAAAUAGUGUCACAUCAAAUGAUGGAGGGUCCCCGACCUACCUCCUGGAGCACCUCGCCACGUUCACCGUCUCCCCGGAGAACGACCUCGUCUAUCCGGCCGACGGGAUGCGACGACUUCUCGCCAUGGAGAAAACUUCAGGAAUAUGGACACAAAAGAUGUUGAUGAGGUUGGAGAAGAGGAUGGUGAAUAUAAUGGAUAAUGAGAACAGGGAGGUGGUGGAGAGGUUCCCCCUCCACCUAGUCAGGGAGCCUACUGCCUUCACAUCUAACGAUCCUAAGGAAAUGUACAACAAUAUUGUUAUUUAUAUUGUUGGAUUACCACCAGAUCAAUCAGGAGAUAACAGUGAGAUGCAUAUAUUCCAGUGUGUGAAUGUAAGUGCAAGAGAUGUAGUGGAGGACCUGAAAGCCCUAAAGCAAGGACGGUUUAAGAAUGGGGAUAAAUCCCCCCUAAUAUCCCCGAGUGGACGCAAGAAUUUCGAGUCCCAGUCCUCUCCGCGCAUACAUGCGCAGUUAGAGAAUAGUAAAGAUGAGACAAGUUCAACCAGCAGUGAUAAACAUGAGAAAGAUGUAAAUGUGUUGAACAGGUGUUUUGAUGAUAUUGAAAAAUUUAUCGCGCGUCUUCAGCACGCUGCCGCGGCAUACCGUGAACUAGAUAAACGAAGACGAUCUAGAAAAUCAAAGAAAAAAGACCUCGGGGAUGGAAUGCUCUCUGUACGGGCCAAACCACCACCAGAAAAAGAAUUUAUAGAAAUUUUCCAAAAGUUUAAACUUUCAUUCAAUCUACUGGCCAAGUUGAAAGCCCAUAUUCACGAACCUAACGCCCCUGAGCUCGUUCAUUUUCUAUUCACGCCCCUAGCGCUCAUUGUCGACGCUUCUCACGACUCUCAGUACGGUCCUAAUGUUCCAAGCAAAGUAUUGACUCCACUACUCACCAAGCAGUCCGUAGACCUAUUGCUUAACUGCUUAACUUCUAAGGAAAGCGAAUUAUGGCAUUCUCUUGGAGAACCCUGGUAUGUUCCAUUAGAACAUUGGAAAGGAUAUGUUCCUCCCUAUAGUCCAGUGUUCCAGGACGGAUGGAAACCGCUGAUGGCGGAAACAUAUGGAACAGAUCGACGGAAGUUUAACGAUGAAGACAAUUCGACGAUUAAUGAAGAGGAUGAAGGGGUUUAUCCCGAGAAAAUGAUCCGAGAAGACAGGCAUACCCCCGACCAGGAAUACAGGCAUACCCCCGACCAGGAAUACAGGUUGAAUACCAGUGGAAGAGCGGACUCUGAGCUAGACCUCCGUGACGCCGACCUCCGAGGACCAGAAGAACAAAUCAUGUUUGAGAGACAGCAAAGAAAUUUUAUUCUAGAUUUAAAGGAGAGAGGCAGUAAGAUAGUGCAAGUGACCUACCCCCGAACAGCGAACAACGAGAAGGAGUUGACUGUCUUCAGGGGGGAGUUCCUCGAGGUUCUAGACGAUACCAGGAAAUGGUGGAAAACGCGGAAUUAUCACGGCGAAACUGGUCACGUGCCUCACACAAUAGUGACCCCUGCCGGAGAUAAUCCGCAAAUAUCACCGAAAAGUGCCGAAUGGAUUCAGAAGGAGCGACGAGGGAAAAAAGGAGAAUUCAGAUAUUUUUAGAUUGAAUGAUUACUCCAUAAUCAGCUAUUAAUGAGCCAUCUAGCUAUUAGCAGAUGAUUAUCUACUGAAUAUACCGAUAAAUCAGCUAUAAUUCAGCUGUUUAUCAGCUGUAAAUCAUCUGUUAAUCAGUUGUUAUCAAACUGCAGUUAAUUUUUAAGCGGAUCAUCAGAAGUAUAUCAGCUGUUUUUUAGCGGAUUAUCAAAUGUAUGUCAGAUGUAUAUCAUCUAUUUAUUUUCCAUUGAUCAUCUUAAGGAAGGUUUAUUCAAUUCAAAUGUUUUUUAUUUAAAGUUUACUUUUCUUUAUUUUCAUUUUUUCUCUAAUUUUGUCUAACAAUUUUUAUCUUUGAAUUUAAAAUCUAUAAUCAAUUUAGAAAAUGGUGAGAAAUACACAGUGAUAAUUUGUUUCAUUAGGUUUAUAUAUAGAACAAGUUUUUAAUAAUG